UCCGGCAAGACUUGGGAGCGCGUCCCGCUCUCGCCAAAGCUCCCCGGAGAGCCCGUCAGCAUCACCGCCCUCGGCCCGCAGCGCGCGGAGAUGACCACCAAUGCGGGCGCCGUUUACAUGACGGAGAACGCUGGCCGCAACUGGAAGGCCCAGGUCCGCGAGACCAUUGACGCUACGCUCAAUAGGACUAUCUCGUCUGGCGUCAGUGGCGCGUCAUACUUUACGGGCUCCAUUAUCUCCGUCCUGCGCGACGCCUACGGCGCCUACUUGGCCAUCAGUAGCCGGGGCAACUUCUUCCUCACGUGGAAGCCCGGCCAGGACUUUUGGAUCCCGCACGCGCGGGACUCGAGCCGCAGGAUACAGGCCAUGGGCUUUGUGAACAACAAUGUCAAUGAUGGCGUGUGGAUGGCGACGCGGGGGGGAGGGCUGGCCUUCACCGAUGCAAACCCCGACCUCGAGUCGACCGAGCUGCUCAAGUUUAACAAGGUAGACAUCCGCGCCGGCGGGUACGGCAUCCUGGACGUCGCCUUCCGCCCGGGCUCCAAGGAAGUGUGGGCCGCGAUUGGCGGCGGCAGCUUGUAUCGCAGCAGCGACGCUGGCAAGAGCUGGAAGAGGGAUAAUCAGGUCGAUAAGGUGGGCGCUAAUAUCUACAAGAUUAAGUUCUUUGAUAAGGAUACCGCUUUCGCACUCGGCUCUAAUGGCCUCGUCUUGAAGUAUGACGCCCGUAAUACGGCCGCUGCCGCCUAG